GGGCGGCGGGAGCGGCGGCGGCGGCGGCGGGCGCGGGCGGCGGGCGGGGGAAGAUGGCGGAGCUCGGUAAGAAGUACUGCGUGUACUGCCUGGCCGAGGUGAGCCCGCUGCGCUUCCGCUGCACCGAGUGCCAGGACAUCGAGCUGUGCCCCGAGUGUUUCUCGGCCGGCGCCGAGAUUGGCCACCACCGCCGCUACCACGGCUACCAGCUGGUGGACGGCGGGCGCUUCACGCUUUGGGGGCCCGAGGCCGAGGGCGGCUGGACCAGCCGCGAGGAGCAGCUGCUGCUGGAUGCCAUCGAGCAGUUCGGCUUCGGGAACUGGGAAGACAUGGCCGCUCACGUCGGAGCUUCCCGGACUCCCCAGGAAGUGAUGGAGCAUUACGUAAGCAUGUACAUCCACGGCAACCUGGGGAAGGCCUGCAUCCCCGACACCAUCCCCAACCGGGUGACAGACCACACCUGCCCCAGUGGAGGCCCCCUGUCUCCCAGCCUCACCACCCCCUUGCCUCCCCUAGACAUCUCGGUGGCCGAGCAGCAGCAGCUGGGCUACAUGCCGCUGCGGGACGACUACGAGAUUGAGUACGACCAGGACGCCGAGACGCUCAUCAGCGGGCUCUCGGUCAACUACGACGACGACGACGUGGAGAUCGAGCUCAAGCGCGCCCACGUGGACAUGUACGUGCGGAAGCUCCGGGAGCGGCAGCGGCGCAAGAACAUCGCCCGCGACUACAACCUGGUGCCCGCCUUCCUGGGCAAGGACAAGAAGGACCGGGAGAGGGCGGCCAAGCGCAAGGUCACCAAGGAGGAGCGCGAGCUGCGGCUGAAGCUGCGGCCGCUGUACCAGUUCAUGUCCUGCAAGGAGUUCGAUGACCUGUUCGAGAACAUGCACAAGGAGAAGGUGCUGCGCGCCAAGAUCCGCGAGCUGCAGCGCUACCGGCGCAACGGCAUCACCAAGAUGGAGGAGUCGGCCGAGUACGAGGCGGCCCGGCACAAGCGCGAGAAGCGCAAGGAGAACCGGGGCGCGGCGGGCGCCAAGCGGGGGCGGGAGGAUGCCAAGGACGGCGAGUUCGCCGCCAUCGAGCACCUGCCGGGCUUCGAGCUGCUGUCCGACCGCGAGAAGGCGCUGUGCAGCUCCCUCAGCCUGAGCCCCGCGCGCUACGUGACCGCCAAGACCAUCAUCAUCAAGGACCACCUGCAGAAGCGACAGGGGAUCCCCUCCAAGAGCCGCCUGCCCAGCUACCUGGACAAGGUCCUAAAGAAAAGGAUUUUGAAUUUCCUCACGGAGAGCGGCUGGAUAUCCAGGGAUGCUUCCUGAGGCCGGUGCCCGCCGCGCCCGUGGGACGGGAGGACUGCGGGGCGGGGCGGGGCCAGCCUCUCGCCCCCCGUCGUCCUUUCUCCAGCAGCUUCUCUUCUAGGACUCACGUUCUUUCAUGGUCCUCCGAGAGAAAUGGUAGUGACUGUCUGAGGUCACGGGGGAGACAGGUGCACAUGCAUUGUACCCCGGUCCUCAGAGUAGGCGUGAAGAGGACCGUCGGCUUUUGUGUGUUGGGUUCGGAGCCGUGACGAGACCGGACCGUGGCCUUCUGUGAGCCCUGCCCUUCGGGACACGGUGUGUGCCGGCCCCACCCAGCGUGCCAGGCGCCCGUCCGCCCCGGCACACGGCACUUUACAUGGGGGCCGGCAGGGCGGGUGGGCGGGGGGGCCCGGGGGGCGGGAAGAGGGGUCCU